CAGCUAAAUAUAAAAUAGGCUGUGAUUCUUCACAGGUCUUUUCAACAAUCUUUCCGUUCGGCCUCAGCGAACACAGGAGGACGUAGAUCAUCUGGAAAGAUGUUCUUUGUGGCAGGGGCCAAAAAUACAAGAGGCGCGGUGAGAGGAAAUGAGAGGAGCUCAAUCUACCAGAAAUUGCGAGGGGUAGAUUUAUUAGACAAAAAGAAGACAGUGACAGCUCUAAAGCCUGGUGAAGAUCGGGCCCUUCUCCUGGGUCUGGGAAUGAUCCUCUCAUCUGUCAUGAUGUACUUUGUCCUGGGGAUCACCACAUUACGCUCCUAUGCAGACAGUGUGUGGACAGAGGAGGGUGUGUGUGUUGUUCGCAACUCCACGGUCACAGCAGACAUGAACUGUUCCUACAACUGUGGGUCAGACUGCUGGAGAGUCUCCAAAUACCCCUGUCUGCAGGUCUACGUGAGCGUCAAUAACACGGGCCGUGUCAGCCGUUUAUCUCACAAUGAAGAGACCCAGGACGCCAGCUCCAAAUGUUUCUAUGUGCCCAGAUGCCAGAGGGACAGCUCGGCCAUGCACACCAUGAUUAUGAAUAUCUCCGAGAGCCUGAAGGUCAACCAGCAGGUCCCCUGUUACUACGACCCCUCCGAGCAGCAGGAGACCGUCCUCCUGACCCGGCUGUACGACCACAGAGUCGUGCUCCACUCGCUGCUCUGGCCCUCCUGCAUGAUCACAGGGGGGGUCCUCAUCAUCGUGAUGGUGAAGCUCACACAGUACCUCUCCAGACUCUGUGAAGAGAUAGGGAAGAUCAAGAGGUGA